AGGCCUGCCCGCCCGCCUGCGCGCCGUGCGGGGCUGCCGUGCGUGGAGCGGGGCGCGGAGCAUGGCGCUGCUGGCAGCGGGCAGGCUGCGGCGGCCGCGGCUGAGGCCGGGGCUGGGGCUGCUGCUGCGGCUGCUGCUGCUGGGCGGCCUCCUCCUGCGGGGCGGCAGGGAGGCGGCGGCGGCGGGGGCCGAGCCGUGCCAGGCGCCGCGGCAGUGGGAAGGGCGCACCGUGUCCUACGAGCACGGUACGGGCCGAAACACCCGGGCCGCCGUCUCCUACGACGGCCCCAACCAGCGCCUCCGCAUCCUGGAGGAGAGGAAGGCGCUCAUCCCCUGCAAGAAAUUCUUUGAAUAUAUAUUACUCUAUAAAGAUGCAGUGAUGUUUCAGAUUGAACAAGUUACAAAGCUUUGCUCUAAGAUUGCUCUGACAGAGCCAUGGGAUCCAUAUGAUAUUCCUGCCAAUUCAACUUAUGAAGAUCAGUACUACAUUGGGGGACCUGGAGAUGAAAUUAUGGUACAGGAAUGGUCUGACAGAAAACCAGCCAGGAAAUUGGAAUCCUGGGUCGGCGUUUACACAGUCAAAGACUGUUACCCAGUACAGGAAACCUAUACGAAGAACAGCAGCGUGACAACCUCCACUCGCUUUUUUGAUCUACAGCUGGGCAUUGCCGACCCUUCGGUGUUUACCCCACCCAGCACCUGCCAGACAGCCCAGCUGAGGAAGAUGAAAGAUGAAUGCUGAUUAUAGACAUUGGCUGCCCCGGGCAAACAAAUAUUAGCCAAGAGGAUGGUUAUUAAUAGUCAGCUGCUGACGUCUAACCUGAUUUUUCAAGCUUAUUGUUGCUCUUUUGGGAAUUGUAAGUUUUCACUUGAAAGAGAACAUAAACAUUUAACUGAGUAAAAUAUGUAACACAAAAGAUCUCUUUCAUCAUAUUAAUCUGUUCAGUGAUGCACUUGCAGUAUUAUAUAGUUACCACUAAGAUAAUAUUUAUAGAUACUAUUUAUUUAAGCUGUGUCUGAUUUUCCUUUUGCAAAGGCUUCAUUAUUUGUUUUUUCAAGAAGACAAAGCAUAAGCAGACUGCAAUAAGGGUAACAUCUACAAGGAAAAGCUAGAUUUUGUUGUUGUUGUUACUUCUGGGGACUCGAGGGAAGAGGAAAUGUGUCCUGGGUAAGACCUCAUCCCUAACUGAAAAAUACCCCGUUUUAAACAAUGUACAUCAAAAGUAUGGAAAUUCGUUCUCUUGGUUUUGUUUUGCUUUGUGGUUUUGUUUUUUCUUUCUGCCCUUCAGGAAGGUUGUAGUCUAAUGUUUGAGCUGAUUUUUUCUUUCUGAAAAGAAACUGGGGGAGCUGUAUUCAUGUAACGCUAGCUGACAUGCAAAAAAUACUUUUCUGUUUCUUGGAAGAAUGGCAUGAAAGGAAGGCAAGGAGGGAGAGGGACACCCCCAAAAAAGUAAGCCAAAGUUUUCUUGUAUUUACUACACUUUUGGUGAAGCGUUCCAGUAGGGUGUGAUGAGACAUUUGUCAGUCAUAUUUUACUUUAGCACCCAGUUUUCAAGGCAAUACUAGUUUUAACCUAUGCAAAGAGAUUAAGAGGUACUGCACUCUAAAUGGCUUUAAUAUUUUGUAACUAUUUUCAAAAGUCCUUACUCAAAGAGUAUGGAAACACCUUUAUAAUUCCAGGUAGAAGCGAGAAAAAAAAAAAAAGGCCGUUUUUAGUGCGUAAUUAGUAAAGGCGAAAUCAGCGUUCACACAGUGCCUGGUGAUCUGGAUGGAGUGAAAGACAGAGCUGUGUGACCGGCGUGGGGAGGUGGGAGGAGGAAUGGGAGGGAGAGGGAGAGGUUUUAGAUGUCUUCUGUCUGGUGUGGCUGCAAGGCACUGCAAUGUAAGCAGAAAUUACAAUCUUGCUUUCUUUUGCACCCACUCCAUUGAUGCCUGCCAUAUCUUCAGCCAGCAUUUCAAACCUUAUCAUCGCCAUAUCCUUUUCUGGUGGGCAGAGUGAAAGUUUCUGUAAAGGAAAUAAAUAACCAAAACAAGAACGGGAAGUGCACAUAUUUUGCUUUAGAAAAUUCAAACCAAAUCUUCAUGCACCUUCAGGCCCUCAGAAGUGUGGAACGGUGAUGGGCUUUGCACUUUUACCAAGUUAAUUGGUUUAUUCUGUAAGUCUAGGCAUGCAUUUUAUUUAUUAUUUGCAAAUAGUUUUAAAGCCAGGUUCUUGACUUUUACACGUGUUGGGAGUAGUUUCCUCCAGAAGUUGUCUGGCUGAAAACAGUGCAACGCAGUGAAGUUUGGUGUGGUUUUGGGCAGUUAUCAAGUUCUGUUGCUUCCUCAGUGGCUGCUGGACUCUUCCCCCACAAACAGAUUUCUUUUUCAGGACAACUUUUAGUGAAGAGAAAUGAUCCAUUUUGACAGUGAUAGGAAGUCCUGCAUAAAUAGGAUACAUAAUUUACUGGCCAAUAGUACUAUAUUUGACAGCAAACUGAAAGCCUGCACCAUUUCUGGAGGAGAGAUGCUGGGCAGGCUUUUAGUGCUUUGUAUUCUCAUAGCUUUUCAUACGUAAACAAGUGGUACAGUGGUUAUUUUGCUUUCACAGUUGUGGUCAGAAUGGCAUUUUACUUUGCUUUGUGCCUAAUGAAAGCAUAUACACAUACCUGCUAAAAUUUAGGUAGUUCAUUAAAAAUUUUCUCUCGGACAUGACCAUUUCACUGAAACAUGCUAGUGGAAAGAAGGAUUGGGUUUCCUUAAAUUUAGAGUGCAUUUAGUCUGUACUCGCCUUCUGUAUUUUUUGUGAAAACCUAAAUGCUAACUGCAUAUUGUUUUCAUUAGGGCAAUGAUUAACAUGCAUUUCUUAAUAUCUGUGUCUUGUUAGAAUCUGGAAAAUAUAAUAAAUCUGGCUAGCAAACAUGAA